AAACCACGAGCGUCUUCUCCGGCCAGCGAUGCUGCCCUACGGGACGAUCUCGGAGGCGGCGGCGGCGCUCGGCCGGAAUCUCACCGCCGGAGAGACCCUCUGGUUCCGCUACACCGCCACCGUGCCGGACUACCACAUCUACUACAUCAACAUCGCCUUCUUGUUCAUCAUCUUCACUUUGAUACCUCUCCCCGUCGCCCUCGUCGAGCUCUGCUUCCCUUCCCUAAUCUCUCGCUUCAAGCUCCAGCCCAAGAUCCAUCUCUCCCCCUCCUCCUUUCUCCGCUGCUACUUGUCCGUCGUCCGCGUCUUCAUCCUCGCCGUCGGCCCUCUUCAAGUCCUCUCUUACCCUUCCGUCAAGUUGGUGGGGAUCAGGACAGGGUUGCCGUUGCCGUCACUGUGGGAGAUCGGAUCGCAGCUGCUGGUGUAUUUCCUGAUAGAGGAUUACGGGAAUUAUUGGAUUCAUCGGGCGCUGCACCAUGGAUGGGGGUAUGAGAAGAUCCAUAAGGUGCAUCAUGAGUAUACGGCGCCUAUAGGGUUUGCCGCGCCAUACGCGCAUUGGGCGGAGGUGUUGGUUCUUGGGAUUCCGUCGUUCGUUGGGCCUGCGUUGGUGCCGGGGCAUAUGAUCACCUUCUGGCUUUGGAUCGCUCUCCGCCAAAUGGAAGCCAUUGAGACCCACAGCGGAUAUGAUUUUCCAUUUGCUCCGACAAAGCUCAUACCCUUCUACGGUGGUGCAGAAUACCAUGAUUAUCACCAUUAUGUUGGAGGCCAGAGCCAAAGCAACUUCGCGUCUGUAUUUACCUAUUGUGACUACAUUUAUGGGACCGACAAGGGCUAUCGAUAUCAGAAAGCACACCUCACCAAGUUGAGGGAGAAAUGGAGAACAGAAGAUCAGAAUGGAGACUCAAAGCUGAACCAAAAUGGGAAGCAUGAUUAGCCAAAAAGGAUUUUUGGUGACAAUCCUGUGUGCAGUAAAGAGGUCCAAUUUCUUCACUAGUUCAGUACUUCAUGCCAUGUUCAUGAUAACAUCCAUCAUCCUGAUUCUUGCUCUUGAGCGCAGUGCAACAAACUUGCACACACAGCCGGUUUUGAACCAACCGGUUGAAGCUUUACCUGAUCCCGAUCUUUUAAUCGAAUGCAUCAAACUUCUUUUCAAUCCUGAACUCAGUUCCUAUAAUCUGUUUAUUGUGUUUAUUAACUUA